ACUGGUUAGUAAUAUCUUACACACGACUUGCUGUGUAGCCUAUGGAUCUUGUAGAUUGUCAGUGAUAUUUCUCGUAGUUUAUUGAAUGCAACACGGGGCGGAGCGUAAACUUUGGGGAUCUGUCUGGGAAAAUAGAAGUUACUCAUUUGUCACCGACCAGCUGGACUUUGAAGAGUCAGUAUUAACUGGCCUAUACUAGACUAGACUGUACGGUCGUGGGCUACACUACCAAUCUCCAACAUGACUUUUUUCACAUUUAUUAGUGCAAUUAUUACUAGAGUUAUUUUUAUUCUAAUAUCACUCAUCGGAGUCUGGAGAGUGACGUGGAUCAAACAUGAUAACAUGUACUGGUUUUUGACGUUCCUUUUUCUACCUCUCGUUAUUGAAAUGAUCAUAACAUUAAAAAGACGAAAAGGACAAGAUUACAAAUGGUUCUCUCCAGCCAUCCUACUGUUCCUCAUCAGCAUCAUUCCGUCGAUGUGGAUUCUAGAGCUGCAUCAUCAACAGAACAAACUAAGCGACCGUCAGUGCAAGAAACUGGACUCCUGGGCAAAUUUAAAAAGCACGUUUUUGAACGAAACGUCUGCAAACUCCACCAUUCAACACUACCUAAAUAGCUUUGACAAGGUGCACUCUAGCAUUUGUCCCAACGACUGGAUCCUGGCCCUCCAUCAGGUCCUUCUCAUCCUCCUCAUCGUGGGCAAGUGGGUCCUUCCCCUUGGGGGCGGAGUUACGAGAGACGAACUCUCCCAGCUCUUGCUCAUCUUCGUUGGCACGGCAGCAGAUAUCCUGGAGUUCACCAGCGAAACGCUGUCUGAUGUCAAAGAGAACAGCCCCCAUCUGGUCUACAUCAUUCUAGCAGUGUGGACCUGGAGCAUGCUCCAGUUCCCGCUGCAUCUGGCUGUGGUGAACUCAAAACCUGAGUCGGAGACUGAGGGCCAGGAUGUGGGUCUACUGGCCAAACGCAGCACGGACAUCUGGACCAUAGCUGAGAGCCUGUUCCUCCAGGACGGGCCCUUUCUGGUCGUCCGGCUCACCGUCAUGACCCACUUUGAUGUUUUCCACCAGAUGUUGGUUUUCUUUGCCAUCAAGAACUUCCUGGUGGUCAUAUUGAACUUGUACCGACUGGGUAUCAUCUGCCAGAACUUUAAGCGGUCGAGUAGUGGCAGUGCUGUCCCCUGACAGGGGAAGGAAAGGGAGGGGAGGGCAGAGUUGUUUACCCUCCGGAACCCCACAGUUCUAAUAUGAAACCCUGCUGAAACUGGUCCUGAUUAUGUCUUUCUACAGUGCCCUGUCUUUAAAGGCAGAGUUGGUAAGUUUUGCGAACCUAGCUUAAUCAUCAAGUUUGGUCCGAACCAAAUGAUUAUUCAUGUUUAAUUCACUCCUGCAAUGCCCAGAUAUCGGAUUUUAUGAUAAUUUUACUGUCAAACCUUUUAGAUUUAUCAGUUGCUAUCAGGGUGUGAAGUUUAUUUCAGCAAAUAUGACAAAAAAGUGCAUCUCAACAACAUUACUGACCCUACCUUUAAGUUCAAAAUACUAUAAGGAGCUGAAUUAAGGGGCACCGCCCAGCUCUGAUUGGUCUGGUUCAGUUCAGUAAUGUGAAAUGGGUGAAAGAAGAGAGGAAAUGGGGAGGAAGGGUGGGGGGAUAAGCUGUUGAGGUUUCUCGCUUAUUCUCUGCUCAUUGGAAAUUCAAUUGAAGGAUGUUCAAUCAGAACAAAUGUGUCAGUGUAGUGUAAUAUAAAUCAGAAAGUCAACAUUGGGUAAAAUGUUUUUCUGGUGAAUGCUGAUAUGACCCUUUUGGCUCGUCACCAAAGUUUAAAUGUUAUCUAGAAAAUGAUGUGAAAACAUGUUACAGCGUAUUUGUUAAGUGGAAAACUGACAGUUGCGAGGAAAGCUGGAUCAGUCAAUGUAAACUUGCUCUUCUUGUUUUUUUUUAAUGUUUAUGUUAAUUUUUUCACAAUAGUACUUGAACAAUCUGGUAUGCACACAGAACCAAUUAAAUAAAGGAUAAGAGACUAAAGACAAUGAUUGCGCUCUACACGGAAUAUAAAAUGUAUUCUUAUAGAAUGUAAGAAAUUCUAUUCAAUACCGCUCAA